AGGAUCUGUGGAAGGAACAGAUCAGUUGGGACGAACCAUUAUCUAAUGUAUUUGAGCAACGAUGGUUGUUCAUCCGUGACAAUCUGGCGCAACUGCAUGAUCUUACUAUUCCUCGAUGGGUGAUGUCUACAUCCAAACCCGUAUGCGUAGAGCUUCAUGGCUUUUGUGACGCGUCCGAAAAGGCCUAUGGAGCAUGCGUUUAUGUUCGUACAGUAGAUCAGUCCGGAACCAUAUCAUCUAACUUACUUGUUUCCAAAUCACGUGUGGCACCCAUAGGAAACUCAAAGAAGGAGCGAAAGUUAAGUUUGCCCAGAUUGGAGUUGUGUGCUGCUCAUUUGCUCGCUCAACUUUAUCAAAAGGUACGUACAUCCUUACAAGCCGAUCUUACAACAUAUUUCUGGUCAGAUUCCACCAUUGUCUUACACUGGUUGUCGUCGCCAUCAUCACGCUGGAAGAACUUCAUAGCAAACCGUGUAUCUGACAUUCAACACCUGACUUCUGAUAACUGGCACCAUGUUCCUGGCGUACAAAGUCCCGCAGAUUUUAUAUCUCGUGGAGCGAACCCUGAUCAACUGGCAUGCUGUCAAUCGUGGUGGCAUGGCCCUGACUGGUUGACUAAGUCACCAGAAUUUUGGCCGAUUCAGCAACAUUUACCUGAUCAUCAAACUAGCAGUGAAGUGCUAGAAGAACGAACCGUACUACUUAACCAGACCAUCGAAACGAAUCCCAUAUUUUUGUUGUACUCAUCUUACCCCAAACUGCAGCAACGUGUUGCAUGGAUACGUCGUUUCCUGUACAACAUCAAACCAGCUAACAACGAUAAACGUCUUUACCCGUACCUCACUCUACAAGAACUUCAAGAGGCAACCAAAUGUCUUGUACGAAUGGCUCAAAAAGUAGUUUUUGGUGCCGAAUUUUUAAGUCUGCAAAAAUCUGGCCAAGUUGAUUCUAAUUCCCGUCUGAAAUCGCUUACCCCAUACCUGGACGAUGAUUUACUGCAUGUUGGCGGGAGACUUCGUCAUGCUGAUGUGUCUCCGUCCCGGAAACAUCCUCUGAUUUUGUCAGCUGGGCAUCCUCUUUCAAUGUUGAUUGCUAACCAUUACCAUUUUUGUUACCAACAUGCCGGAGCAACAUUACUAAUUUCUCUUCUAAGGGAGAAAUUCUGGCCGCUUCGAGCAAGGAACCUGGCUCGCCGAGUAGUUCAUUCCUGUGUGAGCUGUUUUCGAAAUCGACCAACCCCGCUGGAACAGCUCAUGGGAGACCUGCCGCGAGAACGUGUCACACCAACCUUACCCUUCUUACGGACUGGAGUGGACUUAUGUGGUCCUAUUUUCUACAAAUAUCCUAAUCGAAAAGCUCCACCAGUCAAGGGCUAUGUAGCUAUCUUCGUUUGUCUGGUCGUAAAAGCAGUACAUAUAGAGAUGGUUGCAGAUCUCUCUACCAACGCCUUCCUGGCCGCCCUUCGACGCUUCGUGUCACGACGUGGUCGACCACAGCUGAUCGAGUGUGACAACGCGAAAAACUUCAUCGGAGCUUCUCGAGAAGUGGCACAAUUAGCAAAACAAUUUCAAACUCAGCAGUUUCAACAGACCGUUAUCAAAUCAUGUGCCAACGAGAGUAUCGAAUUUAAAUUCAUACCGCCGCGUUCCCCCAAUUUCGGCGGAUUGUGGGAAGCCGCAGUAAAGUCAUUUAAGACUCAUCUCAAACCCACCAUCGGAAACGCCAUUCUUACUUACGAAGAAUUUACUACCUUGCUAACCCAAAUCGAAGCUUGUUUGAAUUCUAGGCCGCUUACACCGAUGUCUUCUGACCCGAACGAUUAUGAAGCUCUGACCCCGGCACAUUUCCUAAUACACCGCUCUAUCGUGGGACUUGCGGAACCAUCUUACGAGUCGAGACCUAUCAACCGACUGGACCGUUACGAGCAGGUUCAAGAGUUUCUGCGCCGCUUGUGGAAUCGAUGGUCAUCGGACUACCUAUUGGGCCUUCAUCCUAAGACCAAGUGGACUAAACAGCGAGAUAACAUCACCCUGGGCACUAUGGUUUUGGUGAAGGAAGAUAAUCUUCCCCCGCAUAAAUGGUGUUUAGGGCGAGUAACGGACAUCGUGAAAGGAGCGGAUGGAAACGUCCGAGUAGUUUUUGUUAGAACUAAGGAUGGUGAAUUCAAAAGGACUAUCUCUAAGCUUUGCGUCCUCCCAAUCAGACAGACUACUUCAGAGGAGUGUUGAAUCUCUUGGUGAUUCAACGGGGGGGGAGGAUGUUGAGGAAAUCGUAUUCCGUUUAGCAUACGUGCGCGCGAGAGAAAGAGAAGGAGAGAGAGGGAACUUAAUCGUGUCGCCGUGCGCUGCUCAACGGGAGAGCGCUACGCGCUGACCGAGAGAAUUCUUAUCAGCUUAACAAGUCGCGUUCUGAUCUCCGUACCAACAGGUCGCGUUUUGACCUCAGACCCAAAAAGUUGCGUUCUGACCAAUCUGUUCUAAAGUGAAAUAAACUUGUGAAUUAACAACAUCUUACAAACAUA